AUGAGCCGCUUAUGUUAUCUUAAAUGUUUACUUGAUUCGCAUGCGCCUAUUAAUUUGCCGCAUAAUGUCGAAAUAUUUGUAGGUCGUAGUAAAAUUACAAAAAUUAGAGACCAGUCAUGUUCUCGUCAGCAAAUUAGCCUCAAAGCCAAUUGUGUUGAAUGUAUUGUUGAGAUUAAGCAGCUUGGAAUAAAUCCGUCUGGUUUAGAUGGUUUUGCCUUAAAAAGAAAUUGCACGUAUAAAGUUGGACAUGAAAGUAGAAUUGAAGUUCUAUUGAAUAAUUACAUUCACAUAGUUGAAUUUGAGCCUCCACCUGAUGAUUGUAUGCCAAUAAAAAAUAAAAAAAGGAAAAUAGAAGACGAAGAGACUUCUUUUAUAAAGAAAAAAUGCCACAAAACUUUAGCACAUACAAAUGAAAAUUUAAAAUUGAAAGAAGCUAUGGAAGAUUUUUGGGAAGGAGUUGAUGGAACUGAAUUAUAUAUUUUCACAUCAAAAGGUGUUAAGUCAAGUGAAAAAAUUGCUGCUUUUGAUAUGGAUGGAACUUUGAUAAAGACAAAGUCAGGCAAAGUUCAUCCAGUUGACACAAAUGACUGGCAGUUAGCUUUUCCCACUGUGCCUUCCAAGUUAAAGGAACAGUUACAAAAUGGUUAUAAAGUUGUAAUAUUGAGCAAUCAAGCCCCUAUUGGCAAAGGAAGAGUGAAAAUAGAAGAUUUUAAGAAAAAAAUAGAAAAUUUAGUUGCCAAAAUAAAUAUUCCCAUUCAGGUUUACAUAGCAACAGGAAAAGGUUUUUAUAGAAAACCUACACCAGGCAUGUGGAAAGUGCUCACUGAAAAGAAAAAUGAUGGUUUAUCAGUAGAUAUGAAUGCUAGUUUCUACUGUGGUGAUGCAGCUGGUAGGGUUGCAAAUUGGGCACCAGGUAAAAAAAAAGAUCAUUCCAUGGCUGAUAAAUUGUUAGCUGAAAACCUGGGCCUUAAAUUUUAUACACCGGAGGAAUUCUUUCUUGGACAUUCUGUUGCAAAUGUACCUAUGGCUAAACCAGAUUUUAUUCCUAAUGAACUUGUAUCAGAACCUUUCAAUGAAAAUCUUAUGAGUAAAGAAAAAGAGAUACUUGUUUUAGUGGGAUAUCCAGGCAGUGGCAAAUCAUUUCUUGCAAAACAAAUUGAAGAGAAGUCUGCACAUAAAUAUGUAUCUGUGUGUAGAGAUGUGCUUGGCUCAUGGCAAAAAUGUGCUGCUGAGGCUACUAGAUUAUUACAGCAAGGUAAAAGUGUCGUUGUGGACAGUACAAAUCCUGAUAUAGAAUCGCGAGCCCGCUGGACGUCACUUGCGAAAGAAAUGAAAGUAGACUGUCGUUGUGCUAAAAUGACUACCAGCAAAUCACAUGCACAACAUAACAAUAAGUUUAGAGAACUUAUGAAGAUCAACCAUUUGCCUGUAAAUGAUAUUGUUUUCCACUCUUACAAGAAUAAAUUUCAAGAACCAACCACUAAAGAAGGCUUUAAAGAAGUCAUUGAAGUUAAGUUUAAUCCCAGUUUUAGCGACGAAGAAUCUGAAAAGUUGUAUAAAAUGUAUCUUUUAGAGAAAUAA